UAAAAAAGGCUUAUGAAAUAAAAGCACAUAAGUAUAAUACCAAUGCCAAUAACUCUAAAGCAGAAAAUUUUGAUAAUACUGAUAAUAUUUCUGUUUAUGAUAAGGUAGUUAAGAAUGAUAAUACUGCAAGUAUUAUAAAACAACUUCAAGCAGCAAUUAAACAAUAUAAUCAUUAUGGUAAUAAUACUAAAUUAGAAGAUAAUAAUAAUGAUAACAAUCUUUCUGCUUAUAAUAAGCCAAUUGAAAAUAAUAAUGCUAAAAAUAUUAUAAAAAGAGUUUUAUGA